CAGCCUCAGUCGAUAGCCGGUUCUUGAGCUCGUAGCAAGAAGAAAGUGCCUUAACGGUUCCGUUUUCGGGCUGCGGGAAUGCUUUGAUAGAUGCCUUUAAAGAGACCUGCAGUUGGUCUCACCUUCUGUUUACUCUACUUGACUUCUUAUUUCACCAACAAGUUUGUCUUGUCUGUCCUGAAAUUCACCUACCCUACCCUUUUUCAAGGAUGGCAGGCACUAGUUGGUGGACUUCUGCUGCACAUUUCCUGGAAGUGGGGCUGGGUGGAGAUGAACAGCAGUUCAAGGGCUGAAGUAAUCUCAUGGCUUCCAGCUUCAGCACUUUUUGUGGGCAAUAUUUACUCAGGUUCCAGGGCACUAUCCAGAUUGCCAAUUCCUAUCUUUCUUACUUUACACAAUGCUGCAGAAGUUAUUACCUGUGGAAUCGAGAAGUUUGUGCAGAAAGAGCAAAUCUCUCUGCUAAAAAUCAGUAGAGUGCUGAUCCUUCUGGUAGCAGCAGGGUGCCUUCCUUUCUGUGACCCACAGUUUGAUGCAGAUGGCUAUUUCUGGGCUGUCAUCCAUUUGUUGUGUGCUGGGGGUUACAAAGUAUAUCACAAAUUGCGAAGACCUAGUUCUCUAAGUGACUCUGAGCAACAGUAUAUAAACUAUGCAUCCAGUGUGGUGGUGUUGGCUUUUGCAUCCCACCCAACAGGUGAUCUCUUCAGUGCCUUGGAUUUUCCAUUCCUGUACUUCUAUAGCUUUCACAGCAGUUGCUGUGCCAGUGGCCUUCUGGGAUUCCUUCUGACCUUACACACAUUAAAGUUUAAAAACAGUACAUCAUCUGGACAAUAUGCAGCAUGGAACUGUUUAGCAAAGGUUAUCACAGCUGGUCUGUCCCCAAUUGUCUUUGAGAUUGCAGUGAAUGUUUCAACAGUCUGUUG